CACAACCUUCGUUACUUCGACCACCACCACCACCACCACCUUCCCCGUUCUACCUCAACAAAUGGCAUCAAGCUCAGCCGAAGCUGCAUCCAAAGAUACGCCGGAACGCAGUACGACAGUGGAGGCUGCCGUCGAGAAAGGACAACGCGCCUUUGCACUCAAGAAAUAUGAACAAGCAGUGGACCAUUAUGCUACUGCACUUGAACUCUUGACUGACGUUCAUGGGGAUGAGGCACCAGGGAUAGAGGAUCUCUACUUCGCAUACGGAAAGGCAUUGCUUGAGAAUGCUAUCGUACAGAACUCUGUGCUGGGAAAGGAGCAACCUGAGGAGAACGUGGAAGACAACGCACCAGGCGGUUCCGGAUCGUCAGCAAAAGGCCCUAUCCUUUCUUUCUCAGGAGACGUAGAAGACACGGAGGAUGGCACGGUUGACUUGUUUGCUCAGGCCAUGGAGAGCGCCCAGCAGGAGGCUGCUGCUGCUGAGGACGAUGAGGAUGAGGAUGCAGAGCCUGAAGACGACUUUAAUGCUUCUUGGGAAGUUUUGGACCUGGCCCGUGCUAUCUAUGAGAAGCAGAAAGCAGCAGGCGGCGAUGAGCAGGUGGGCCUCAAGUUGGCAGACACGUACAUCACUCUUGGUGACGUGUCUUUGGAAACGGAGAAAUUCGACCAAGCCAUCACAGAUUAUGAAUCUGCUUUGGCGUUGAAAGUCGAGCUGCUACCAUUUUCAUCACGUCAAAUUGCAGAGGCUCAUUACAAGCUCAGUAUUGUGCUUGACCUCACAUCCGGCCGACUCGCGGAUUCCAUCAUCCAUGCAGAGAAGGCUCUAGAAAGCCUGGAGAGCAGACUUGCUGAACUACAAGCUGCGCUACCUAAUUCCUCGGCUCUACCUCCGCCUGCUCAGCAGGAUCCUAAAGGGAAGGGGAAGGCAAAAUCUGUCAGCGAAGACGCCGUCGAGAGGUUGACGACAAAUCAGAUAGAAAACGAGAUCAAGGAGUUGAAAGGUUUGAAGGACGACCUCGUUUUGAAGAUCGAGGAAUUGAAGACUUCGCCGAAUGAAAGCGUCACAGAGAGUGCUCCCGCUAUGGUUGCGCAUGCACUUGACAAGGAGCUCAAUGCUGGGUCGGCGGUGGUGCCCAACCAAGAGCCUGUAGUCAAUGAUUUGACUUCAAUGGUCGUGAAGAAAAAGAAAAAGGCUCCCGAGGACACUUCUGCCGUCAAGCGCAAGGCGGAAGACGACGCUCAAGAUUCCAAUUGUGAGAAGAAGCCCAAGGUUGAUUCUUCAUAAUGUAACGGACAGAUCCGCGGAUAAUGACAUAUAGAUUCUGACAUGGU